UUCUCGGUUGUCGUCAGCUAACCUCUGGAUGAAUCCGAUCCAUAUCAAGGCGUUUGCGCGAAUAAAGCAUUUUCGUGUCAAUGAACAGGUUAGGAGGCAGACCAGAUGGUCCUAUGCUAUUUCGUCCUUUCCACAGGCAAAGGUGACAGUUGCAUUAUUCCAGUGGUGACGUCGACAUAUGUCUGCGCGAACUUGCAAAAUUUGUCAACAAACUAAGCAUCCAGUAAGGAAGCAAUGAAGCAACAUAGCCGCGAAUGGCUUUUGCUUGGAAUACUCUCUUUACUGAAUGUUCAGGCCUCAAUAGUCGACAAUGAAAUUGAUGAUGGAAUACAGAGAAUUCCCCUGCAACCAAAAUCACCUGCAGUCGAGUUACCAGGUGAAGUUGACAUACUAACACUCAUGAACGUUUCUGACAAGGACGCGGGCGUAUCCCUUGUCCAGGGCCCAAUACAUCAGUUUCCAGCCUUCAAAUUUCGUCAGCCUUAUGGAAACGUGCCACUCUUGAACUCUUCUGAAGUCAGAUCAGCAAUAAACAAUUUCAAUGGAUUCACUGUUGUUUUUGUAUACCGCCAGCAGAAGAACAAUAUGGGUACGCUUCUCUCGGUAAACUCUCCUGGACGACUGACCCCAUGGUUUCAGCUGAACUCCAACUCCAAGACCGGAUUGAUAAGCUUGAAAUAUAAACUUAACUCAUCGGAGAAACUGAGGCAGAUAGACUGGGUGUCGCCGAGACAGCAGAGGAAAUCACCGAUAGCAGCGUGGACAUGGUUAUCCCUGAGCAUGGAUUUCAACUCUGAUCUUGUUCGUCUGGAUUUGGACUGUUUACCAAGCCGAUUCGAAUCUAUAAAAUUCAGGAACAGUUACAAUGGUAUUGACAUUCCUGAUGAUGCGCUGGUUUAUUUCAGACAGGAACCUGGAAGAAAGAAGAAAUUUUUGGGCUCAAUGCAAGUAGCGAAGGUCCUUCCCUACAUAACGAACAAAAGGUUGUGGGCUUGUUAUCAAAUUUCCAAGGAUUUAAACCUCGGAGUACAGAAGCCGAUGUUGAAGUAAUUGUGAUAUGAACCAAAAAAAAUAAAAAAUUGCCGAAAUUCUCUUAGACACACCAAUAGAUUUAGGAAUCAAGCGUUUUCUUCGAAUUAUCGAAAUGUUAUUGAAUUUUAAUCAUUUAGAAUCCUUAUAUUUAUAAAGAAAAGUUACAAUAAAUCAUGAAUUACU